AUGAAAGGGGGCAUUUUGCCCCCAUUCGUGGGUGACACGAGUGAUACUCAAGGAUACGCCCUCCAAAGGGGGCAAAAUGCCCCCAUUGACCAGGAAAGGGUAAACAAUUUUGAGCUGAUGAUUAACAAGUUCUUACAGGUCAAGCCUGGGGAACAAUUGGGAACGACGAGCUGCCAACUUACUCACAAGGCCAAGCACACGUCUACAGUACUAUGUUCUGGAAACGACUGGAUGGAUAAAGCGUUAGACAAUUGA